UCACAUGACAUUGACGCUCUGGAGAUGUUGAGGAGUCUCUAAUCUCAGACUCAGUCUGCGCUCGCAGGAUUCAGCACCACUCGCCCGUGGACAGCUCCACCAGACGCUUUACAUGGACACUGAUCACAUUGGACGUACUCAUCACUAUAGUGGACAUACUGGACUUAUUUUUCAUACUGGAAGUUUACUACUCGAAGGGAAAUUUGCGGAUACCUCACUGUACUACGCACGGACUCGUUCCCUUUGGCAGAACAUUUACAUUCACCGUAACUGAAUCGGUCUUGGGUUCGAGCGGGUGUCUGCACGGACUGGUGCUGAAAUCAGAAACAUGGCCACAAACAACAGCAAAACCGCUGACGGCCAAGUUGUUACGGAACUCAACGAGAUAACAACUAACGACAAACCCAAAGCAGAGGAUGCCAAACCAGAGAAGAAGAAGAAAGACAUUCCGGCCAGAGAAACUUGGGGUGGGAAAUUUGAUUUUCUGCUGUCAUGUGUGGGCUACGCCAUCGGACUGGGUAACGUCUGGAGAUUUCCGUAUCUGUGCGGGAAAAACGGCGGCGGUGCUUUCUUAAUCCCAUAUUUUUUGACGCUAAUUUUUGCGGGAGUUCCCCUGUUUUUUCUGGAAUGCGCUCUUGGACAGUACACAUCCAUUGGCGGCCUUGGGGUUUGGAAACUGGCUCCAAUGUUUAAAGGUGUCGGCCUUGCAGCUGCUGUUCUGUCUUUCUGGCUGAAUAUUUACUACAUCGUCAUUAUUGCCUGGGCCCUGUACUACCUAUACAACUCUUUUACCACCGACCUUCCAUGGAAAACUUGUAACAAUCCAUGGAACACAGACAGAUGUUACACCAACUACAGCAUUGUAGACACUACCAAUCUCACCAGUGCUGUCAUGGAGUUUUGGGAACGCAACGUGCAUCAAAUGACAGACGGCUUAGAAAAACCUGGCCAGAUUCGUGUACCACUCGCUAUAACGCUUGCCAUCGCAUGGGUCCUGGUCUACUUUUGUAUCUGGAAAGGAGUGAGAUGGACUGGAAAGGUGGUGUACUUCUCCGCCACCUACCCAUACUUCAUGCUGUUCAUUCUGUUCAUCCGUGGCGUGACCCUGCCCGGGGCUCGGGAGGGAAUCCUAUUCUAUGUCACUCCGGAUUUUCAGAAGCUGAAGGAGUCUGAGGUUUGGCUGGAUGCUGCAACACAGAUUUUCUUCUCGUACGGUUUGGGUUUGGGCUCCCUCAUCGCUCUCGGCAGCUACAACCCUUUCCAUAACAACGUGUACAGGGACUCUAUCAUCGUCUGCUGCAUUAAUUCCUUCACUAGCAUGUUUGCUGGAUUUGUGAUUUUCUCUAUCGUUGGUUUCAUGGCACACGUGACAAAGAGAUCUAUAGCAGAUGUAGCUGCGUCAGGCCCCGGUUUGGCAUUCUUAGCCUAUCCAGAAGCCGUGACACAGUUACCCAUCUCACCGCUGUGGGCUAUUCUCUUCUUCUCCAUGCUACUCAUGUUGGGAAUCGACAGUCAGUUCUGCACGGUGGAGGGAUUCAUUACGGCACUGGUGGAUGAAUUCCCACGUCUGCUCAGAAAUAGGAGAGAGAUCUUCAUCGCAUGUGUGUGCGUUGUGUCCUACGCCAUCGGGCUGUCAAAUAUCACCCAGGGCGGUCUCUAUGUGUUCAAGCUCUUCGAUUAUUACUCAGCCAGUGGUAUGUGUCUGCUCUUCCUGGUCUUCUUUGAGUGCAUCUCAAUCUCUUGGUGUUACGGUGUGAAUAAGUUCUAUGAUAACAUUCAAGAGAUGAUAGGAUACAAGCCGUGCCUUUGGUGGAAGCUCUGCUGGGUUUUCUUUACCCCUCUGGUCGUUGCUGGUGUUUUCCUUUUCAGUGCCGUGCAAAUGGUUCCUCUUACCAUGAACAACUACGUGUUCCCUAAAUGGGGUCAGGGAGUCGGUUGGCUCAUGGCUCUGUCCUCUAUGGUUCUUAUACCCGGCUAUAUGGGCUACAUGUUCCUCAACAUGAAGGGCACAUAUAAGGAGCGCAUCAGGAUAAUGUUGCAUCCUGCAGCGGUUCGGCGAACGCAGGAGAAUGGACCAGAUCAACAGCAGCUGCAGCCACAGCAACCAGAGGAGUUACCGCAGGAACCGCAGUCACCACAGCAACCACAGUCACCCCAGCAACCGCAAUCACCACAGCAACCGCAAUCACCGCAGCAACCGCAAUCACCACAGUCUCCGCAGCAACCUCAGUCAAUGCAGCAAGUGGACCUGACGCAACCAAAAUCUCCCCAGCAACCAGAACAACCACAGCAGCAAUCUCAGUCGCAGGUGUCAGCUGAAAAUGUUUCUUCAGCUAAACCUGGCAAUGAUGCCAAUGUCUAAAAGCAGGAGAAGUGCAGCCCAGCAGAGAGCAAUCAAAGCUUAUCAACACAGAGGACUUCCAUGUUUAUACAGUAAUAGAAUCAUCUACCUCCAGGGGUCAUACAGUACAUAAUCAAACUAAACAUACAAAAAACCUAAAGAUGAAAACACAGAAACUUGCAUUCGUGAAACAUACCUUAAGAAGCUGCACUGUAUGUUUUCCAAAUGCAAAGCAAAGAGCGUGAGUUUUAAAAAAAUGACUUGCAUACUAUGUAUUAUGUGUCUAUACUAAGGUUAUACUGUGAGUUAGAUUUAAGGACUGCUUUGCAAUGCAUAAGCUAUAUCUGUGAGGUAUACACUGUUUCUAUGUUGCACUGGUGACUAAAGCACAGAGGAGAUUCGCAAAUGUCGUAAGAUUAUCCGGAUCAUUCGUAUCGAGAAAGUCCUGUGCGCGAAGCACAAAACGCUUCGAAACGGCAUAACCCUUGGGUUACCACGUUGUGUGUUGUGUAUCGUGUUUUUGUCGAGAGAGACUGUUACGAUUUAUUUUUAUCUCCAGAGAGGAUAAAAGAGAAAUCACUGAAAUAUGUGACUGAAACCUUUGUAGAAUUAUUUUUAGAAUGCUUUGUAAUUUAUUGUUGUGACCAAGGACCAAAAUCAUAGACCGAAGCAAAAAGUUAUCUAUGCCUGGCAGUGUGUAGUCUGUAAAGCGCAGGGUACAACGCAAGGCGAACAUUUCUACAGUCGUCUACACACUAUAUAGUGUCCUGUUUACACGUCCCCUCAGGAAUAUCAAGAAAAAUUCAAUCUGAGAUAUGACCCAUGAGUACAUAUCAAGGCUUUAAGCCUGUGAGAAAUGCAUGACCAUCAGUUAAUACGUGUGCAAAAAUGUUGAAUUAGUGACCUCCUUGAA